GUUGGUAUAAAAAAGGAAACUUUCCCUCCACUUCCAUAAAACCCUAAUCUCUCCCCACAGGCCGCACCAGCAGAACUGUCACCGCCGCUGACGCGAUCAUGGCUAGCAUAGACGAGGAAGACGGAUACGCCUCUGUGAAGCUCUUCAACCAGGGCUACUCUUACACCUACGACGACGUGAUUUUUCUGCCUCACUACAUCGACUUCCCCGCCGACGCCGUUUCCCUCUCUACCCGACUUUCUCGAAACAUUGCCCUCUCCGUCCCCUGCGUCGCCUCUCCCAUGGAUACAGUCACCGAAGCUCACAUGGCCGCCGCCAUGGCUUCUAUUGGUGGCAUCGGGAUUAUCCAUUCCAAUGUCCCUUCUUUAUCUCAGGCCGCCAUGGUCCGCCGUGCCAAGUCGAGUCGUGUCCCUAUAUUGUCUAAUCCGGUAUUCGCAUCCCCGGAUUCACGAGCUCCUUUCGAUGAUUUCAAUGACGAGUGUUCUUGUAUUCUGGUCACUGAAUCUGGGGCUGCUAAUUCGAAGUUGUUGGGUUGUGUAUGGAAACGUGAUUGGCUCAAUUUGAAGGAAAGAGAAGCUAAAGUAAUGCAAUACAUGCAGUCUAUUGAUAGUUCAUUCGUUUGUGUGCCUUGGAAUUGUGAUUUGGCGCAGAUUGAUGGGAUUUUGGAGGAAAAGAAGCGGGAUUUUGUGGUCUUGGAGAAGGAGGAUGGUGAGGUUGUGGAUGUGGUGACGAAGGAGGAGGUGGAGAGGGUAAAGGGAUACCCCAAAUUGUUGGAGAAGGGGAGUGUGGGAUCGGACGGGAAGUGGAUAGUGGGUGCUGCAAUGGGAACGAGAGAGUCAGACAAGGAGAGGCUAGAGCACUUGGUGAAGGCAGGGACAAAUGUGGUGGUGUUGGAUAGCUCACAAGGGAACUCCAUUUACCAGAUUGAGAUGAUAAAGUACGUGAAGAGAACAUAUCCCGAGCUGGAUGUGAUAGGUGGAAAUGUAGUGACAGUAGCUCAGGCGAAGAAUCUGAUUGAGGCUGGUGUUGAUGGAUUGCGAGUUGGGAUGGGUUCAGGUUCCAUUUGCACCACCCAAGAAGUUUGUGCUGUUGGCAGAGGGCAGGCUACUGCUGUUUACAAGGUUUCAUCAAUUGCUGCACAAAGUGGUGUGCCCGUCAUUGCUGAUGGUGGGAUUUCAAACUCUGGACACAUUGUUAAGGCUUUGGUACUUGGAGCAUCAACUGUCAUGAUGGGAAGUUUCUUGGCUGGCAGCACUGAGGCUCCCGGGGCUUAUGAGUGUCAGAAUGGUCACCGGGUUAAAAAAUAUCGUGGCAUGGGUUCUUUGGAAGCAAUGACUAAAGGAAGCGAUGCAAGGUACUUGGGUGAUACAGCUAAGCUAAAGAUUGCUCAGGGCGUUGUGGGAGCAGUUGCUGAUAAAGGUUCUGUCCUGAAGUUUUUACCGUACACAUUACAAGCAGUCAAGCAAGGAUUCCAGGAUCUUGGUGCUUCCUCAAUGGACUCUGCACAUGAUCUGUUACGAUCAGGGGUUCUAAGACUUGAGGCCCGGACAGGAGCAGCACAAGUUGAAGGUGGGGUUCAUGGACUGGUUUCUUAUGAAAAGAAGUACUUUUGAAGUACGCUACUGUGUUUACCUAUCAUGAGCCACACCCAACUUAAUGAAGUAUCACGAACCAGACUCAACGCAAUCCAGGCCAUUCUUGAAAGAUUGAGCAUGCUAAUCUGCUAUCAGCUCUUUAUGGGAAGUUGCAGAAAUUUAUCCAGAGCAUAAACCAGAAUUAGACACAUUGAUGGUUCUCUGCCUUUCCCUUUGCUUGGCACAAGGGCCACAAUCUGGGUCGUCUGUUGUCUAUUGCCGUCUUGUGCAAUUGGGGGAAAGGUAUAUCUGAGUUUAUAGAAUGGAAGAUGUCAUGUAUCAGUAAGUAAUUAUUGUGAUGUUUGUCUUGAACCAAGUAUUUGAAUUGGUAACGUAUUUUUAUGGUCUUGUGAUAAAUGGUUUCAAUUAUUUACUUGAUGAAUCUUCUA